ACAUCUCAAAUAGAAUUCCAGUGUUGCUUAGUUUCCUGCAUGUCGUAAUAAUUAAUAAACAAUUUUGUGAAUUAAAACAGCAAGGAAAUGGCGCAAAGCAGGUUGGAAAAGAUUGGCACCAUCUUCACUAGAGUACAAGGUCUGUUGCGAGGCAGUGCCAUGAAAGCUGAAGAUAAGCCCAUCUGGUACGAUGUGUAUGCGGCAUUUCCACCAAAAUUGGAACCUCGCUUCGACAGACCUGCGCCCAAUGUGCCAGUGCGCAAUAUAUUCUAUGCUGAGGAUGUAGUGAGAGCAAAGCUGCAUAAGCAUAACAAGCCCACGGAGACUAUAUCGCUGUUUGACCAUAAGCGUAGCACACAAUCACAGCAGUUUGUGCAAAUCUAUGAGAAUUUGCGAGCGCAAGGAGCGCUAGAUGAACAGCGCAUAUAUGAAACAGCAUUGGAUUUGUUGGCGGAGCAGAGGCAACAAGCAAAGGGUACAGAAGCUGUGGAGGAAAGCUUAGAGGAAACGGAAGCCAAGAGCACGUUGCUAAGCGACUUCCAAGACGCCGGCGAGCAGCAGCAAAUAACAACAACGAGCACGCCAGCUAGCAAGAAAACGAAAAAGGAUAACGCUGGCAUCAACAUUGACAGCUUGUUCAAGGAUUAGUUUUUUGUUGUGUUUAUUAAACUAAUUAUAU